CCUUUUCCCAUUUUGAGUGCAUGUGUGAGGGACACUGUGAGAGAGAUAGAGCCUGUUCUGUUCUGAAAGUCGUCUCCACGUUCUCCUUUGCACAUCUUGUGGGGUGUGUGUGCUGUCACUCACUGCUGUUGUUGUUGUACCACCAUUGCCAUAUUCCGCAAAAUGAGCUUUUUCUUGUGGAGUUUGCAGCUUCCAAUCUUGUGCACAAACAAAGACCCUCGUUUCAGAUAUUGUUAAAGCUUUCAUCUUUAGUCUCUGGGUUCAUUUUGGAGAUCUGGGUAUGCGGCAUUUUCAUGAGGGUUAGGCCAGUUAUGUGUUUAGGUCAUAAUGCUGGAUAUGCUUCUUGAUUUACCUUUUGCUGAAAAAAGGUUUCAUUUCAUGAACUUUUGGCACUGUAGCCUACAAAAGUAUUAAGCUUUAUUGAAAGUAGUUUGUGGGUAGUGUGACUUUUGCUGUAUUCCUAAGUGUUUUUUGGGAAUAGGGUCUUCGUUGGUUUGUUUUUUUUUUUUUUGGUGAAGAAAUUUGUGAAUUGCUUGUGGAAGAGUUGAUCUGAAAUCUGAAGUUUGAUAUCUGAUUUGGAAUGUUAUGAUGGUCAUGUUUUGGGAAAAGAUUGGGAAUUUGAGUGGUGGUGAUUUUGGAAAGUAGUGAUGAUGUUGGAAGAGUUUUGUUGCUAGUACAUUUUGUUUUUGAGGGAAGAAUUGUGCAGUUAUGGCUUCAACCAUCCUAAACCCUCCACUUGUUGCUUCAACCCUUUCUCCAAAUGCUUCCCCUUCUGCAGUGCCUCCAGUAUCUGCUGGUGUUUUAUCACCACCUCCUCCUUCAUCUUCCACACCACCAUCUCCUCCCACUUCUCAGCCCAAUGGAACAUCCAAUUCCCCUGCUCCUUCAUCUCCUUCUGUCCCUUCAGCUCCACCUCCUGUAACACCUCCUCCUUCUCCACCCCUUUCUCCUCCACCGGUAUCUACGCCACCUCCGGCUUCUUCCCCUCCUUCACCACCGGCUUCUCCACCACCUGCAUCUCCACCACCACCAAUUGCAACAUCACCCCCACCACCAGCUACCACUUCCCCUCCUCCAGCUGAGACUUCACCUUCUGUUCCAAAUUUGUCCCCACCACCUCCAGCAGCUGGUUCCCCUCCUCCUCAAUCCUCAGAGGCACCUCCCACUCAACCGAUUUCGCCAUCUCCUCCUCCUCCAGCUAAUGUGGCAAGGCCACCAUCCACAAAUUCCCCUCCUGCACCAGAGGCAAAGCCUCCUAAACGUUCCCCUUCACCGCCUGUACAUGCAUCCCCUCCAUCAGUUUCUCAAUCUCCUCCUUCUCCUUCCACUGAUGUUCCCCCUCCAUCCACAUUGCCAUCAACUCCUUCCACUGAUGUUCCUCCUCCUUCAGUCCCUUCAGGCUCUUCACCUCCAGUUUCUUUGCCUGACCCCCCAACUAAUAGAACAUCAGCUGGGGGACCAGCUGUUUCUCUUCCCUCUAUACCAACUGAGAAACCCACUGCUAGACCAACUAAUGACGGCACUAAUAAUGUAGCCUCAAACACCACGCCUUCACCUUCAAGAGGGUUAAGUACUGGAGGAGCUGCGGCUAUUGGCGUUGUAGUUGGUUUUAUCGUCCUUAGCCUUCUUGUUAUGGCUGUGUGGUUUGUACAGAAAAAGAAGAAGAAGGAAACAGAAUCAAGGGGUGGUUAUGCUAUACCUUCUCCAUUUGCCUCAUCUCAAAAUUCAGGUACUGUGUUCUUGAGGCCACAAUCUCCUGCCAACUUUAUAGGUAGUGCCUCUGGUAAUGAUUACGCAUAUUCCCCAUCAGAGCCAGGUGGAGCAAGUGGUUCAAGAUCAUGGUUCACAUAUGAAGAACUUACACAAGCUACCAAUGGGUUUUCUGCUAAAAAUAUGUUGGGAGAGGGUGGAUUUGGUUGUGUCUACAAAGGUUUGCUAAUUGAUGGAAGAGAAGUGGCUGUUAAACAGCUCAAAGUUGGUGGUGGGCAAGGGGAACGUGAAUUCAGGGCAGAAGUUGAGAUUAUUAGCCGUGUACAUCAUCGUCAUCUGGUUUCCUUGGUGGGUUACUGUAUAGCUGAACAUCAAAGGUUGCUUGUCUACGAUUUUGUUUCCAACGAUACUCUUCAUUACCAUCUGCAUGAUGAAAACAGACCAGUUCUGGAUUGGCCUACAAGAGUCAAGGUUGCUGCUGGUGCUGCUCGUGGAAUAGCGUACCUACAUGAAGACUGCCAUCCACGCAUUAUUCAUCGAGACAUUAAGUCAUCAAACAUCCUUCUUGAUCACAACUUUGAAGCUCAAGUUUCAGACUUCGGGCUUGCAAAAUUGGCAUUGGAUACAAAUACACAUAUAACAACACGUGUGAUGGGAACCUUUGGGUACAUGGCACCAGAAUAUGCAACAAGUGGGAAAUUGACUGAAAAGUCCGACGUAUAUUCCUUUGGGGUUGUGCUUCUGGAGCUAAUUACAGGUCGGAAACCUGUAGAUGCCUCUCAGCCAAUCGGUGAUGAGAGCUUGGUUGAAUGGGCCCGGCCUCUGUUGACUGAAGCGCUUGAAAACGAGGACUUUGACAUUUUGGUGGAUCCAAGACUAGGAAAGAACUAUGACAAAAAUGAGAUGUUUCGGAUGAUUGAGGCGGCUGCAGCCUGCGUGCGCCAUUCUUCAGUUAAGAGGCCGCGGAUGAGUCAGGUAGUGAGAGCUUUAGAUUCCUUAGAUGAGUUUUUAGAUCUCAACAACGGAAUGAAACCCGGGCAGAGUUCAGUGUUUGAUUCUGCACAACAAUCUGCACAAAUCAGAAUGUUUAGGAGGAUGGCUUUUGGUAGCCAAGAUAAUUCCACUUUCUUCAAUGAGACUCAGAGUAGUUGGAGGAGCAGAGAUCAGGACUCAACAACUGUAUUCCCCCAAAACAAAUCCGGCUCUUGGAACGUUUGAGAUUGACUCUAAAGACUUCAAUACCAUGGUUGACGAAAUUUUGAUGCACGCGCACGCUCACACAUACGUGGACCUGCCAUUGCUAGUAAUGUCUUGGUGAAGCUGUUGUAUUUCUUCCUUUUUGCAGGGCCAGGUCCUCUGGUGAAUGUGCUUUUGUAAAUCUUAUUUUAACUAUUUUUGGUCUCAGUUUUCCGAGGUGAUUUAAUUGUGAUUGCUUAUGAUGCUUUUAUAUUCUUUGUAAUCUAGGUUGUUUGUUACGUAACUUGUAUUUAUGAAUGGAUAGCAGUGACAUGAUAGUCUCUAUUUUCAA